AUGGCGUCCAAACCCACUGGAGGAGGCAACGGCGGUAUGGCUUCGGACAAGCAGACCCCAGCUACGGCCGCCAUCGGCGCAACCAAGCCCAAAGUUUUUGAUCAGCAAGGUGCUAUUGGAAAGCAGUUCACCGAACAGGGAGCUAUUGGAGGUGCGGCGCAAAGUAUUGGCGGACCGUUGGACAAGGAGGGCGCCAUUGGAAAGCAAUUCACAGCCGAUGGAGCUCUAGGAGGAAGCGUGCAGAAAGCCAUGGGCGGCGAGAAAGGCGGAAGCUAA